AGGGAAAAGUUUAGUUUGUUUCGCUAAGUGGAUAACAAUGAAACAAAAGAGAAUAUUGAUAAUAGUGUCCCAUGAGACACCUCACAACUAAGAUUUCUUGUAACUUUGGUUUUUCUUGAAACUUCCCACCAUAACUAACUACAUAUACUGUAUUACACAAGCAUGGACCCGAUUAUUCUUACAAUAUUUUUGUAAGAAACUCUAAGUUGUCAUCUACCAUCCUUAGCUACAACUAUAUAUUAUAUUAUUAUAUACAUUAUACUAAUUCCCCCUAACUAUAAAUAUGUACAUAAUUAACCUAUAUAUGUACCUAGACACACCCCUCUCCCUUUCCCUCUCCUUCUUCCUCCUCUACUAAGCUUUUCUUGGUAUUGGUAGUAUUCGCAUAAGUUGAAGGUUUCUACAUUGAAAAUACAUAUUAAGCUAAAGAUUUAUUCAUAUAAUGGGUUUGAAAGAUAUUGGAUCCAGAUUGCCACCAGGGUUUCGGUUUCAUCCAAGCGAUGAAGAGUUGGUUUGUCACUAUCUUUGCAACAAGAUAAGGGCCAAAUACGACCAAGGUGAUGUUGAGGAUGAUGACGCUGAUGAAGCCUUGAAUGGUGCUACUGAUCUUGUGGAGAUUGACUUGCAUACUUGUGAGCCGUGGCAGCUUCCUGAUGUGGCAAAGCUGAAUGCAAAAGAAUGGUAUUUCUUCAGUUUCCGCGAUAGAAAAUAUGCGACUGGAUAUCGUACAAAUAGAGCGACAAUAAGCGGAUACUGGAAAGCAACAGGUAAAGAUCGGACGGUGAUGGAUCCACGAACAAGCCAAUUGGUAGGGAUGAGGAAAACACUGGUCUUCUACAGAAACAGAGCACCAAAUGGGAUCAAAACUACUUGGAUCAUGCACGAGUUCCGUCUUGAGUGUCCUAACAUGCCACCUAAGGAAGACUGGGUUUUAUGCAGAGUGUUCAACAAAGGCAGAGACUCAACACUACAAGACACUAACAAUGAACAUCAGACGCAAAGAUUUGAAGUUAAUGACGCUCCGGAUCUUAUUUACAAUAAUCAGUCGCAGCCUCUACUAUUAUCCCCUCCUUCCAACACAAUCGACCCUCCACACCAUCAUGAUCAGUGGGAGCAGCUAAUAAAGCAGCCUUCAAGGAGCACCGACCAUCCCUAUCAUCACAAUUGUCAACAUCAAACCGUAGCAUGUGGUUGGGAGCAGAUGAUGAUUGGUUCGAUGUCGUCAUCGUCAAGCCAUGGCCCUGAUCACGAGUCCUUGCUAAAUUUGCUUUACGCCGACAACAAGAACAGUGUCAACAUCACUGAUGAUAAUUAUGGACAUAACUAUGGGAAGAUAUUGCUGUCGUCAGACAUCACGAGUUUGGAUCAUGACAAGACAUGUAUGGCGUCAUCAUCCGAUGGUGGUAUGGUCUCUGAUCUUCACAUGGAAUGUGGUGGCUUGAGUUUCGAGACCGAGAAUCUCCUCGCUUUCCAGUGAAAACAUACUAACGAAGGUUUUUACAUAUAUUCGCCGAUUUAUUGAUUCGUGAAAUAUGCAUAUAUAUUAUCUAUAGACUUGUCAAAUAUCAUACAUGUAAGUUGUGUGGCUUUUGGGUAUAAGAUUUGUGAAACUAGCUAGGUUAUUUAGGAGGUUGUUAUAAAUAGUGUGCUUUUUUAGGGUUUUUUUUUAAAUUAAUACGUGAACACAUUUAUACUAUAAAUAUUAUUGUCAUAAUUAGUUUCUUAAUUUGUAAAUAAUACUCUGAAUAUUCAUCAUAUAUAUUGUCAGUCAUCUUUCAUUAA